AUGUCUAGACAAGACGAAAAUUCUGCUUUACUAGCGAAUAAUGAAAAUAACAAACCAUCGUAUACGGGAAAUGAGAACGGAGUCUACGAUAAUUUCAAAUUAUCAAAAAGUCAACUUUCGGAUCUUCAUAACCCUAAAUCAAUAAGAUCAUUUGUCAGAUUAUUUGGAUAUGAGUCUAACAGCCUCUUCAAAUACUUGAAAACAGAUAAAAAUGCAGGCAUUUCUCUUCCAGAAAUAUCAAAUUAUCGAAAGACAAACCGGUAUAAAAAUUAUGGCGAUAAUUCACUUCCUGAAAGAAUACCAAAGUCUUUUUUACAAUUAGUAUGGGCUGCUUUUAAUGACAAAACAAUGCAAUUACUGACAGUCGCCGCUGUUGUUUCCUUUGUUUUAGGUCUAUACGAACUAUGGAUGCAACCUCCACAGUAUGAUCCUGAAGGAAAUAAAAUUAAGCAAGUUGACUGGAUUGAAGGGGUUGCUAUCAUGAUUGCGGUCUUUGUGGUAGUUCUAGUGAGUGCCGCUAACGAUUACCAGAAGGAGUUGCAAUUUGCAAAGCUAAAUAAAAAGAAGGAAAACCGUAAAAUUAUAGUCAUAAGAAAUGAUCAGGAAAUAUUAAUUUCCAUUCACCACGUUUUAGUCGGUGAUGUCAUUUCAUUACAAACCGGUGAUGUUGUCCCCGCUGAUUGUGUUAUGAUAUCAGGGAAGUGUGAGGCAGAUGAAUCAUCCAUCACUGGUGAAUCUAACACAAUACAGAAAUUUCCGGUGGAUAACUCAUUAAGAGAUUUCAAAAAAUUUAAUUCUAUCGAUAGUCAUAACCAUAGCAAACCAUUAGAUAUAGGUGACGUUAACGAAGACGGUAACAAGAUUGCUGAUUGUAUGUUGAUUUCAGGUUCCAGAAUUCUCUCUGGCUUGGGCAGGGGUGUCAUCACGUCCGUGGGUAUAAACUCAGUUUACGGUCAAACCAUGACUUCAUUAAAUGCCGAACCUGAAAGUACUCCAUUACAGUUACAUUUGAGCCAAUUGGCUGAUAAUAUAUCCGUUUACGGUUGCGUGUCUGCUAUAAUUCUUUUCUUGGUCCUUUUCACUAGGUACUUAUUUUACAUAAUACCUGAGGAUGGCAGGUUCCAUGAUCUAGAUCCCGCUCAAAAGGGUUCUAAAUUUAUGAACAUUUUUAUCACAUCUAUCACGGUUAUUGUGGUGGCUGUUCCGGAAGGUUUACCAUUAGCUGUAACUUUGGCCUUAGCGUUUGCAACAACAAGAAUGACAAAAGACGGUAAUUUAGUACGGGUUUUAAGAAGCUGUGAAACGAUGGGAUCUGCUACUGCAGUGUGCUCUGAUAAGACUGGCACUUUGACAGAAAAUGUCAUGACUGUCGUUCGUGGCUUCCCGGGCAAUUCUAAAUUUGAUGAUAGUAAAUCGUUGCCCGUUAGCGAACAAAGGAAGCUGAAUUCUAAGAAAGUUUUUGAAGAAAAUUGUUCGUCAUCCUUGAGAAAUGAUUUAUUAGCCAAUAUUGUCCUGAAUUCUACCGCCUUCGAAAACAGAGAUUAUAAGAAAAACGAUAAAAAUACAAAUGGUAGUAAAAAUAUGUCAAAAAAUUUGAGUUUUUUAGAUAAGUGUAAAUCUAGAUUAUCGUUUUUUAAAAAAGGCAACAGGGAAGAUGACGAGGAUCAAUUAUUCAAAAAUGUCAACAAGGGUAGGCAAGAACCCUUUAUUGGCUCUAAAACGGAAACAGCCUUACUCAGUUUGGCAAGAUUAUCAUUAGGAUUACAACCGGGAGAAUUGCAAUAUUUGAGAGAUCAACCGAUGGAAAAGUUUAAUAUCGAAAAAGUUGUUCAAACAAUUCCGUUUGAAAGUUCUCGUAAAUGGGCCGGCUUAGUGGUAAAGUACAAAGAAGGCAAAAAUAAAAAACCAUUUUACAGGUUUUUCAUUAAAGGUGCAGCAGAAAUUGUUUCCAAGAAUUGUUCGUACAAGAGGAAUUCAGAUGAUACUUUGGAAGAAAUCAAUGAGGACAAUAAAAAAGAAACUGAUGAUGAAAUCAAAAAUCUUGCGUCCGAUGCUCUCAGAGCCAUAAGUGUUGCCCACAAAGAUUUCUGCGAAUGUGAUAGCUGGCCCCCUGAACAGCUGCGUGAUAAAGACUCACCAAAUAUAGCUGCUCUUGACUUGCUAUUUAACAGUCAAAAGGGCUUAAUUCUAGAUGGUUUACUUGGGAUUCAAGACCCUUUACGUGCAGGCGUUAGGGAGUCAGUACAACAGUGCCAACGUGCUGGUGUAACUGUGCGUAUGGUUACUGGUGACAAUAUAUUAACAGCAAAAGCAAUCGCGAGGAAUUGUGCGAUUCUUUCUACUGAUAUUAGUUCAGAGGCUUAUUCUGCAAUGGAAGGCACUGAAUUCAGAAAGUUAACGAAAAACGAACGUAUAAGAAUCCUGCCAAAUUUAAGGGUCUUAGCAAGGUCUUCGCCUGAGGAUAAAAGGUUAUUAGUAGAAACAUUGAAGGGGAUGGGAGAUGUUGUUGCGGUCACUGGCGAUGGUACGAACGAUGCUCCAGCUUUAAAGCUAGCUGAUGUUGGUUUCUCAAUGGGUAUUUCCGGUACGGAGGUUGCCAGAGAGGCUUCUGACAUUAUUUUGAUGACUGAUGAUUUCUCAGCUAUUGUCAACGCUAUUAAGUGGGGAAGAUGUGUUUCAGUCUCCAUAAAAAAGUUCAUACAGUUUCAAUUAAUUGUUAAUAUCACCGCAGUGAUUUUAACGUUCGUUUCAUCCGUUGCAUCUAGUGAUGAAACAUCAGUACUGACGGCGGUCCAACUGUUAUGGAUCAAUCUAAUCAUGGAUACUCUAGCAGCUUUAGCUUUAGCCACUGAUAAACCCGAUCCAAAUAUCAUGGACAGAAAACCUAGGGGCCGCUCAACUUCUUUGAUUUCUGUGUCAACUUGGAAAAUGAUUCUAUCACAAGCUACAUUGCAGUUGAUAGUUACUUUCAUUUUGCAUUUUUACGGGCCAGAGUUAUUCUUCAAGAAACAUGAAGAUGAAAUAACAAGUCACCAACAGCAGCAACUGAAUGCCAUGACAUUCAACACUUUUGUUUGGUUGCAAUUUUUUACCAUGUUAGUAUCGAGAAAAUUAGAUGAAGGUGAUGGUAUAUCAAACUGGAGAGGCAGGAUUUCUGCCGCCAAUUUGAAUUUCUUCCAAGACUUGGGUAGAAACUAUUAUUUUCUCACGAUCAUGGCGAUCAUUGGCAGCUGUCAAGUUUUAAUCAUGUUUUUUGGUGGCGCACCAUUUUCUAUUGCCAGACAAACCAAAUCAAUGUGGAUAACCGCGGUACUGUGUGGUAUGUUGUCUCUAAUCAUGGGGGUGCUAGUGAGAAUCUGCCCCGAUGAAGUAGCAGUGAAGGUAUUUCCGGCUGCUUUCGUUCAAAGAUUCAAGUACGUAUUUGGACUCGAGUUCCUCAGAAAAAACCAUACUGGAAAACACGACGAUGAAGAAGCGCUGUUGGAGGAAUCUGAUAGUCCAGAGUCCACCGCCUUUUAUUAA